AUGAAGACUGCGAUCGAGCCAGGUGGCGACUACGAGAAUCUGGGCAAUUUGGAAACAGCAAUCCCACCGUCACCUCCGGAAGAGAAGCCCGCGGCCGCUGAGAAGAAGUGCACCACAGAAAACAAAGGCGAGCCAAGUUACUGCAGCACAAAAGACGACGGCGCCCCAAUUAGCGCACCGCAAAAGGCAAAAGAAACCCAAGUUAGCGCGCCGCAGAAAACGAAGGAGUCACAAGUCAGUGUAGCACAGAAACCGAAAGAAUGCCAAGUCAGCGCUCCACAGAAGGCGAAAGAACCACAAGUCAGUGCACCACAAAAGGCGAAGGUGCCUCAAGUCAGCACGCCUCAGAAAACUAAGGAGCCUAAAGUCACCGCCCCAGAAAAAGCGAAAGUGCCCCAAGUUAGCACGCCUCAAAAGGCUAAAGUUACCCAAGUCAGCACACCUCAGAAGAAGAGUGCGCCUCAAGCAAAACCCGCUACUCAGAAUAAAAACACACCCAAUAAAUCGACUCAGCCUCAACUCAAAGCAACAACCCCACCGCCAGCACCCACUAAAUCCCCCGCGGUCACCCCAUCUAAAAAGACACCAUCAAACGAAGAUCACUUCGGUGGUGAAGACGGCGUUACUGGUUCGACCGCCCAAGGAUCAGAAAGCUGUAGCAAGUCCCUGGGCCAGGAAUUACGAUACCUUGUUACCAUUGCCGCCUUCAAGCGAAGUGUUCUCCAAAGUUGUGCCCGUAACUAA